UUACUUCCUCUGAUGAAGUUCGUCAACAUAAAUCGCCGUAAUCUCUCACAACACCUCCGAAGCUCUGACGUCACCUGCCAUUUCUCCGGCGCCUUAUUUCCGUCCAUUCCUCAGUUCUAGGAUUCCACAUUCCGAAGCUCCGCUGUUAGUUUCCUCUCCUACUCGCAAGAUCACUCUCUCAUUUUUCUUUCCCCAAACUGAUUUUCGCUUUUAGCUCAAAAGAAUGGCGGCCCUGUAUGUUUUGUCCCGGCGAUCUUCGCCUUCGCACCUGUUUGGAAUGGCGCGUUAUGCUACUACAUCAUUGAGAUCUUACUCCACGUCUUUUCGCGAGGAAAGGGAUACGUUUGGGCCUAUCAACGUUCCAUCCGAUAGAUUAUGGGGAGCUCAAACGCAGAGAUCAUUGCAGAACUUUGAGAUCGGAGGAGACCGUGAGCGAAUGCCUGAACCUAUAAUUCGCGCCUUUGGCGUCCUUAAAAAGUGUGCUGCCAAGGUAAACAUGGAGUACGGUCUUGAUCCAACCAUUGGGAAAGCCAUAAUGCAAGCAGCCCAAGAAGUAGCUGAGGGAAAGUUGAAUGAUCAUUUUCCACUAGUUGUAUGGCAAACUGGAAGUGGCACUCAGAGUAACAUGAAUGCGAAUGAGGUCAUUGCUAACAGGGCAUCUGAGAUCCUUGGUCAUAAACGUGGCGAGAAGUUUGUUCACCCAAAUGACCAUGUUAAUCGGUCCCAAUCUUCUAAUGAUACAUUCCCAACUGUAAUGCACAUAGCAGCUGCAACAGAAAUUAAUUCCAAAUUCAUACCAAAAUUGAAAACUUUACAUUCGUCACUAAACUCAAAGUCCAUAGAAUUCAAAGAUAUUGUUAAGAUUGGACGCACUCACACUCAAGAUGCCACACCAUUGACUCUUGGGCAAGAGUUUAGUGGCUAUACCACACAAGUGAAGUAUGGCAUUGAUAGAGUCUUGCGCACUCUACCUCGAAUGUAUCAGCUUGCCCAAGGUGGAACUGCUGUCGGAACUGGAUUGAACACAAAGAAAGGAUUUGAUGUGAAAAUAGCUGCAGCAGUAGCUGAAGAAACAAAUUUUCCGUUUUUGACAGCCGAAAACAAGUUUGAAGCCUUGGCUGCACAUGAUGCCUUCGUUGAAACUAGUGGGGCUCUUAACACAGUUGCUACUUCUUUGAUGAAGAUUGCCAAUGACAUACGCCUUUUGGGAAGUGGUCCACGUUGUGGUCUUGGUGAACUUAUUCUUCCCGAGAAUGAGCCAGGCAGUAGUAUCAUGCCAGGGAAGGUGAACCCUACUCAAUGCGAGGCUCUCACUAUGGUCUGUGCUCAGGUGAUGGGAAACCAUGUGGCAAUAACUGUUGGUGGGUCAAAUGGUCACUUUGAACUUAAUGUAUUUAAGCCAAUGAUAGCCAAUGCUCUAUUGCACUCAUUGAGAUUAUUAGGGGAUGCUUCUGCUUCAUUCGAGAAGAACUGUGUGAGGGGAAUUCAAGCUAACAGGGAAAGAAUUUCGAAGUUACUCCACGAGUCACUGAUGCUCGUCACAGCUUUAAAUCCCAAAAUUGGUUACGACAAUGCUGCUGCAGUUGCAAAGACAGCCCACAAGGAAGGAUCCACUUUGAAGGAAGCUGCACUGAAGCUCGGAGUUUUAAGCGAGGAAGAUUUUAAUAAAUAUGUGGUGCCUGAGAAAAUGAUUGGUCCAUCUGAUUAGUAAAGCUAAAUAGCCCUUCUGUGUUUGGAUCAUUGUUUCAUCAAAAUCAUUUUUACACUCUCAUUCUUCUCCAUAAAGGAAAAAGAAUGCCCAUUUUUAUGAGGAUUGAAGUGGUUAAUAAAGGCACCACAGAGAAGAUCUCAGGUUGUGCUUUGUAUGUUCGGCGGAAAUUGUGGUCAUUCCUCUUUCAAAAUAUUGUCCAGAAAUUUUCUCAAGGAAAAAUAGUUAAUAAUUUAUUUUGGGGACAUUGGUUCUUGUGUACGUCCAUUAUGGAAUCUCGUUGAGAUUUUUUCUCAUUUGAAAGGGAAAAAUGACAUUAUUAAUCAAUAGGCCGUUUGAGCCCAACUUAUUUGUUGUCA